UUUGAUUGGAGCGAAAUUGAAUGGUCUAAAAAUUCGCCACCAAUUUAUGAUGAUCGUACCAAGACAUUUACUUUCACAUUAAAACCUGUAGAUUACUACCCCAGUUCAGUUAUGUAUGAUUAUGAAGCAUUUAUUCAUUUUAAUAAUACAAGAAGUUAUACUACAAGCCUUUAUCAUGAUAAAUCUAAAAUGUGCGUACAAAAGAGGGCUGAAAACCAGACUGUCGUUGAUUAUAAUAGACUAAGAUCUGAAUCUAAACUUGGAAUCGAAUUCAGUAGAACUGCUUCACCAACAUUCCCAAAUAAUGAUAAUAUGUGUGAAUAUAAAUUUGACUCUCAAAAUAGUGCACGUUUCAACCGAGAAAUUGAGGUCAACGAAGAAGGUGAGAGUAUCAGUCAUUUAAAGCUCUGUAGCCUUACCAUUACGGCUUGGAAACUUUGUUAUGUUUUAGAUUGCCUUCAAGUUAAUGG